GGGAUAUACGUGGUGCAGGAGGCAAGUCGCCCAACACUUUUUGGACAUAGAUAGGGUUGGAGGAGGGAGGGUGUAGGGGACAAGUCAUAUGCUGGGUUCCACAAUUAAUAACCUUCAUAGACUCCCGAGCCUACUGAACGUUGGCCCCCGUGGCUCCUUGCCCCUAACUUCAAAAUCAUUCCCACGCGCCUGCCUUGGGAUUUGACGUGUGGGGCAGGGGGGUUGAGGAGCGCAAAGAUGGGAUGUGACCAUUGGGGACCCCGUGAGCCUGGCCGUGGUGGGGGUGGUGGGGGGGUGGGGCAGAUGUGGGCCAGAGAGUGGUUUAUGUUGGAACAAGCCUGGUGUGGAGGAGAUGAUGAAUGAGAUCCUUGUGAGCUCUGCCGUGGAUGUGAGAUGCGGGACAGGGAGGUUGUAGGAACAGUCACGGGUGUGGCGCCGGUGCACGGUGAUAGCGAUAGUGGCAGGACCCUCGUGAAGAUCCCCGCGUCUCGUACGAUCAGUGGGCCCCGUGGUGCCGCGCUACGCACCAUGCGUCCCGCAGGGCGCAUCCUCCACCUCCUCCACCUCGUCCUCCUCCUCCACCAAGGACUCCGAUCCGCCGACGCUGGCGCGGCCGCCGCCGGGUUGGCCCUGCCGUUCGUCUACGAGUCGAGGGCUCGCUGCGAGCCGCCGUGCCGCAACUAUGGACUGUGUGUGCGCAACGACACCUGCUUCUGUCUGCACGGAUACCAGGGAGAGCGCUGCCAGCACGCCACGUGCAACCCGCAGUGCAAGCACGGCGGCGAGUGCCUGAGAUCUGACAAAUGCCGCUGCACUGUGGGAUUCGAGGGGCGAUUCUGCCAAAAAGCGAGCUGCAGUGGGGGCUGCAUGAAUGGCGGUCAGUGCGUGACGGUACUCGGCGUCUCCAAGUGCUCGUGCCUCUCUGGCUGGGGAGGCGCGCGCUGUCACCAGGCUAUGUGUUCACAGGGAUGCAGAAACGGAGGUGUGUGUGUGGUGCCAGACAUCUGUAGUUGCCUUCCAGGCUGGCAUGGAGGAGCCUGCCAGAUAGCCGAGUGCCAGAAGCCAUGCCUCAACGGAGGGAAGUGCGUGGCGCCCGACGUCUGCCGCUGCCGUCACUACUACCGAGGUCCCCGCUGUGCGACUCGAGUGAUUGCAUAAUCACUCCACACUGGUGCGCAGAUGCUGCCGCCUUAAUGUCUUCCCGUGCCAAAAAAAACAGUACACCAGAGCACCAUCAUCAAACGCCCGAGACUGUGUUUAAAGCCAAGCAAUCCAGCCAGGCCCAAUAUUUGAUGACUGUGUACCAUGCGCAGGGCUGCCUAGAUUUUCCUGGAGGUCCAGGGCAGAUUGCCACGUGAAACCUUAUUAUUCAUGAGUCACACACAAAAAAACCAGGCCCGUUGUGGAGCCCUCUUUGGUGUGAGGCCCAGGUAAAUGACCCCUUUUAUCCCUCCGACCUGUCGGCGACCCUGCCUACGUGCGUCUCCGUAAUGAUGUUAUCGGAUAUCGGAAGCCAAGCAGGUGUGAGCAGUAUGUAGUCAGUUGGGUGACCGCCAAGGUUUGUCAAUUGUUGUAGGUGUGGAGUUGCCAGGGCUGGCCAGGGGAUAAUGGAGUUGAGUGUCGAUCCCUGUCCGUAUGUGUAGUGGGUUUUUCUUUGGUUACUCGAUUUCCUCCCGCACGCCAAACACUGCAGUAAUUGAAUUGUCCAAACAUACCAAUGCAGGAUUCUCUUGAAAAGGUAUUGGGGACUCAUGCGAGGCGUUCCUUGGUAAAUUAGUAUAGGAAUUAAAAAAGUUUGUGAAACAAAGUUCGUCAUGCACUGCCCAUGGAGCUUUACAGUCAUAACAACUGAGGUUUAUCUUAAUAAUUGUAUUCAUGCAUGUCUAGUAAAUAAUAGAUGACUAAACUGUACAUUGUUCAGGUUUGAAUACCAUAUGUUCAUCAUAAGAAUAACUUAGAAAUUAGAAGAGCAUUCUAACGUGUCAUGUAAUGUGCCUCAGUUUUCAAUACUUUGCAAAGGGUUACCAAUAUCAAUAGCCAAUGCAUAUAUUUUAUAUAAACCUUAGAACAAAAGUGUUAAUUUCGAGUAUUAACAUUAUAUUCAAAUAUGUACAACUUUUGAUUAACAAUAAAAAAAAAUCAACGUAGAAAUGUAGAUAGAAAAUGACUUUUAAUAAAGAUUUUCAAUGAUUUACAGUUUUCCAAUGUAAAAUGUUUUGUAAAACGUGUCGCGUUAACACAUUGUAUUACAUUUGUACCAUAUACAUAGAUCUAAACAAAUCUCAAGUGUCUGUAAUCUGCACCUACGAUUAGCAUGGUUGGCUACGUACGGUGCGAAAAAAGUUCAACAUACAUACUGUAAUGUGUAGCCAAUUGACGCAUAUUGUGUUUUUAUUGCAAGUGAAUAAAGCGUAUAUAUUUACAUAAACAAUUGAUUAUAUCUCAGGCGUUUCAAUAUCUAACGUACACUAUAUACCACAGGCCGAUAAUGAAAUAUGAGGUUUGGUAAUGCGUUUUAUGCCAUAAAUGUUGCGUAGUCCCAAGUGAAGAUUUGAAAGUAACCGAAACAAAAUCUCUGAAACAAAACACAGUGUGCCCAUAAAGUAUCGUUCAUUAUUACAGAAUUGUAAUUAAACAGCAGUUUGAGCUAAGCCCGUGAAAAUACAAAAUUUCAAACUUGGUAUUGUGAAGAUUUAAUCGGGUCUCAUUCUUCUUAGCUUCCACACGUCUGUCUAUGGUGUUGGCGACACGCAUGGUAUCGAGAUUUAAACGAAAAUAUUUUUUAAACAAAACUAUUUUUUAUUUGACCAGGUAAGGCCCACUGAACUAUAUAGCUAAUUUUUCGAAGCGACCUGGUCACAAAUGAUAGCUCACUUUAGUCACUUA